UCUUUGAUCUUGGAAUGGUAUGAUUAUCGCUUGACUUAUUACAAUCUGAAGAAUGCAACAUCAACAAAUUUUCUGUCGGCAGAUGAAAGAGACCAAAUUUGGAUUCCAUUGAUUGUAUUUGAGAACACAGAAAAUAAUGAAGCUACUUUACCAGGUAUUAAAACUGAAGUAACCAUAUGGAAAGAAGCUGGAUUUUCCAGAAGUCCUCCAAAUGUUAGAGAAGAAAUAAACAUGUUUACAGGGAAAGAGAACAGAAUUGAAUUUCAGGAGAUUUACACCAAGACAUUUAAAUGUGAAUAUCAGUUGCAACUUUAUCCUUUUGAUACACAGAAAUGCCAAGUGAUAAUGAGAGUAAGAUAUCUUGAGAUGAAUGUGUUGAAUUUAGCUCCUGAUCAGAUCUUAAUGAAAGGGAACACAGUCCUAACUCAAUAUAUAAUUACUGACUGGAAAUUAGAAUACAUUGAUAAAGAGUCUCCAAGCAAUGGUACUGUCAUAGUAGUUAUUCUCAAGAGAAGAAUAAUCAAUGAGAUUCUGACAACCUACCUACCCUCCUUCCUUCUUAUCAUCAUUGUUUAUAUAACAAAUUUCUUUAAACCCUUCUUCUUUGAAGCAGUGGUUACUGUAAACUUGACAGCAUUAUUGGUUCUUACAACGCUGUUUAUUAGUGUUUCAGGUGGUCUACCCCCAACUGCCUAUGUCAAAAUGGUUGAUGUUUGGUUAAUAUUUGCCCAGAUGAUUCCUUUCUUUGAGGUUAGCUUACACAACAUUCAUAUCUAA